UGGGUGUGUUCACUAUACCGUAAAUUCCUACUCGCCAGAUCAAAUGUUGUGACUGUCAGGUCUCGCCAUUUUUGACCAGAGGGUUCCUUUUAAAACUGCACCGCUUUAACGAAUCUCUGGAUAUUUGACCGAACGAAAACGCUAUGGGAAACUGCCAUACAGUCGGACCAAACGAAGCUUUGGUAGUCUCCGGUGGUUGCUGCGGAUCCGAUAAGAAGUCCUACACGGUCGGAGGAUGGGUGUGGGCGUGGUGGCUCCUCACAGACAUUCAAAAAAUUUCUCUGGAAAUAAUAACCGUCCUGUGUCGCUGCGAGAAUAUCGAAACGUCGGAGGGCGUCCCCCUGGAUGUGACCGGGGUAGCUCAGGUCAAGGUAAUGACCGACCACGAGCUACUGUCUCUUGCCUGCGAACAGUUCCUGGGUAAAACUGUGUUGGAAAUUAAAGGGGUCAUCCUGCAGACACUGGAAGGUCAUCUGCGCUCCAUUCUGGGCACUCUGACAGUGGAGCAGAUUUACCAGGACCGAGAUCAGUUUGCCAGCCUGGUGAGAGAGGUGGCAGCUCCUGAUGUGGGUAGGAUGGGUAUUGAGAUUCUCAGCUUCACUAUUAAGGAUGUCUAUGAUAAAGUGGAUUAUCUGAGCUCACUGGGAAAGACCCAGACAGCGGCUGUGCAAAGAGACGCAGACAUCGGUGUAGCGGAGGCGGAGAGAGAUGCUGGAAUCAGGGAAGCAGAAUGCAAGAGGGAGAUGAUGGAUAUUAAGUUCCAGGCAGACACUAAAAUGGCAGACUCAAAGAGAGAGCUGGAGAUGCAGAAAGCUGCUUUCAACCAGGAAGUCAAUACGAAGAAAGCCGAGGCCCAGCUGGCCUACGAGCUGCAGGCAGCUAAGGAGCAGCAGAAAAUCCGUUUAGAGGAGAUUGAGAUCGAAGUUGUGCAGAGAAAGAAACAGAUCACCAUUGAAGAAAAUGAAAUCCUCCGGACAGAGAAGGAGCUGAUCGCCAUGGUGAAGAGGCCUGCCGAGGCCGAGGCCUACAAGAUGCAGCAGCUGGCUGAAGGACAAAAAGUGAAGAAGGUGCUGACAGCACAGGCUGAAGCUGAGAAGAUCAAGAAGAUUGGAGAAGCUGAAGCAGGUUCCAUUGAAGCUGUGGGUAAAGCCGAAGCAGAGAAGAUGAAGCUGAAAGCUGAAGCCUACCAGCAGUACGGAGAUGCAGCGAAAAUCGCACUGGUCCUAGAGGCAUUGCCCAAGAUUGCCGGAAAGGUGGCAGCUCCACUGGGUAAGACCAACGAGAUCGUCAUUCUGAGCGGCGAUAACAGUCGCGUGACUGGUGAAGUGAACCGUCUGUUGGCCGAACUGCCGGUUUCAGUUAACGCCCUCACAGGAGUCGACCUGACAAAGAUUCCUUUGUUACAGAAAUUGACCAACGCUCAAGCAUGAAGAUUCUUGACCUCUUUGGCCUUUUAGUCACAGUUUAAAAACUCUUUAAUGCCUUACCAGGAUAUUCAGUCCUGGCUGAAAAGGAGAGGUGUUAUUUUAUCCCUAGUGCCACCUAUGUUUAGGAACAGACUGUGUCCAUUGUUUCUCUCUCUCUCUCUCUCUCUCUCUCUCUCUCUCUCUCUCUCUUUUAUGUUCCUGUGGUGUUCUUUAUCCUAUUAACACGUUUUAUUAAUCCAGCUAAAUGAUUAGUUUAUAAAGCAGUUCUGAAACGGUUAAUUUGAGCAAAACAUAGGAGAGCUUUUAUCCUAUUUGAAUUGGGCCACGAGUUAAUGAGAGCAGAAUAGCUGGCUUUGUUUUUUUUUUUGUUUUUUUGCUGUUUUUGUUUUGUUUUGUUUUUUAUUUUAUUUUUCAGUUUACACUAAAAAAAAAAAACGAUGAACCUCGGCUGUUACACUAACAUCGAUUCAAUCAAACUGCAUCAGGUUCGUUCAGGUGUGAAGACACCAGGUUGAUUUUUGUUCAGCUGUUUAAAAGCACGCAUAAUCAGUUUACUAUACAAAUGCAAUGUUACGCAUCCGUAACAAUUCACCAUAUCGUCCAGCAUCAAAUUCCACAUUUUUUUUUGUAAAUGUUAUGCAAAUUGAUGUCACGUUUUUGUAUAACAGAUGUUUACUUACCGAACCGUAGUUUCAUCAACGAUUAAUCACCAAAUGUGUCUACUGCCUAAAUUAGCUUUAGCUUUAGCCAGAGUACAUCCACCUACAUUUCGGUAGGAAAAUGAAGCAGUCUUUCGUAUUUUUUUUAAUGAGUUUGAAUUGUGUUAGUGCUUUGUGUUGUUUCACACUUUAUAAUAUUUUUUAUGUUGGCAUUCUUACUUUUUUGUGUGUGUAUUUUUGUGUUUAACGUCAGCGUUAAAUCAAGGCUAAGAGAAAGACGUGUGUAUAAAAUUUUUCAUAUUUUUGUUUUUUUCAUGUGUUGAAGUUAAAUGUUAGCUGUUUCUGUCUGCUGCUCCGGUUGUCCAGGGCUUUAAUGUUAAAAUCAGAUAUAUAAUGCAUUUAACAAGCUUUGAAAUUAAAGCAAUAUAAAUACUGUAUUGUGAAAUUUAAGGGAAAUUCAUGGCUCUAUGUGUGCAGAGUAGUGUAAAGGUUCUGUCACAGCUCAAAUGGGACCAUAACAGCUCACUGUUGUGCUUUGUUUUCUUCAAUUUAACGAAUAGCUGAAGCAGGUAGUCGGUGUUUUAAGAGACUUAAAGGUUAAUGGACUAACAUGGUCUAAAAGGCUUUAAAGUUUCUUUCCGUAGCUUGACUGUUCUGCAAAGCUUUGGCUGGUCAUGUUCAAUUUUAGAUACAAGAAAAAAGGUUUUUUUAUUUACGUCAGUACAAUACAUUUAUUUUGAAGAAAUUAAUUAACGAAUAUAAAUUUAAACCUGUUAAAAAAAUCUAUUUUUUUCUCUUCUUCUGGAAAGUAUGUUUUGGAUGAUUGUCUUUAUCAAUUUAAACAUUUAUAUUUCAACCAACUAUUUCAGGUAUUUCUAAUCUUUGCUUAUUUUUUUUAUGAAUACUAGGGAAAUACAAUACAUAUAAAUAGAUUCUAGCUGCAUCUGAGACAUAUAAAAGGCUGAAUAAAGAGCGACGGAGACUAUGCAAUAUUUUUGUAACGAUCAGCGUGCUGCCUUGUUCAACACAACUCGUGAUUGAAUGCUUUUCCACUCCCUUACUUAUAAUUUGUCAUAUCUUGAUCGAGUCAUAUUUAGCUAACCCUAAGAUGAGAAAAUGUGAAAUGCCUUUCACUACUGUAUACUUAUACCUCACUCAUAUUAAAAAAAAGUCAGUACAACAAUUUAUGUAGAAACUCAAAUAAAAUGCUUGCCAGAAA